UGUUCCAGCAUGUGUUUGAUACAGAGUCCCCAUCAGACUGGAACAAAAGCCAAAUCAAACAGCACCAAGCCAUUUUGCUGAUAUGUAAAUCUACCUCAUUUGGGUAUCAAAGACUUGCCGCACUCUGCACAUUUUGUUAAUCAAUAAAUACUUUGAUGGGGCUGCAGCAGAGAAUGAGGUUUACAGUGCAUUCAGAUGGGGAAGAUCACAUUUUUCGAGGAGAAGAAAUUCCAGGGCCGCUGCUAUAACUGCAGUAGCGAAUGUCCCGACCUGCACACGUACUUCAGCCUCUGCAGCUCCAUCAGGGUGGAGAGCGGUGUGUGGGUGAUCUAUGAGAGACCCAACUACAAGGGUUUCCAGUACAUCCUCAGCCCGGGGGAGUACGCAGACAGCCAGCAAUGGAUGGCCUUCAGCGAAAACGUGAAAUCCUGCCGCCCCAUAAAGAACGCGUAUGGCAGUGCGUGGAAGCUGAGGCUGUACAAGAGGCCGGACUUCGGAGGGCAGGUGGUGGAGUGCUCCGAUGACUGUCCUUCGGUGUAUGACACCUACAAGAUGCGCGAGGCUUACUCCUGCGUGGUGACCGAUGGCGCCUGGGUGUUCUACGACCUCCCCAACUACAGGGGGCACCAGUACCUCCUGGAGCGAGGCGAGUACCGGCAGCACGGCGACUGGGGGGCAGCCUUGCCUGGUGUCGGCUCCUUCCGCAGGAUCACAGAGUUUUAACCCUACCUCAGCUUCAGCCUUGACCAGGAAAGGGAUCCAGACCUUUCCAAAUGGCCACGCUCACACAACACCAUCAAUAAAUGAGAAAUCAAAACGCUGA